ACAGAGUUGCCAGAAGCAGAAGACGAACGGGAGUGGAAAAGUAGAAGUGGAGGCCAAAAUCAAAUCGUCUGAUCGGCUUUGUUCACAUCACAUCCACUGCCGGGCUGUAAACCUUAGCCUUGACCCGACUUGCCCAGCUUUGACCCGGUUCUGGACGAGUUAGACGUGGCAGAAURAGCAUGUUUUGCUUUUCGAGCUAAAAAGUGAGCUCGCUUGCCGCUGAGGAGGUGGAAGAAAAGCAGCCGAGUCCGUUUCACUGUGAUGAUGGCCCAUUGCACCAGUCUCCAGUACGAGCCGGUGGCAGAGAUCGGCGGCGGCGCCUACGGCACCGUUUAUAAAGCCCGGGACACUGAGAGCGGCAAGUUUGUGGCUUUGAAGAACGUCCGUGUCCAGGCGGACCAAAAUGGCCUCCCGGUCUCCACGGUCAGAGAGGUGGCGCUGUUGAGACGUCUCGAGCAGUUCGACCACCCCAACGUGGUCAGGCUUAUGGACGUCUGCGCCAUCCAGAGGUCGGACCAGGAAACCAAAGUCACCCUGGUGUUUGAGCACGUGGACCAAGACCUGAAGACGUACUUAGAAAAAGCUCCAGCACCGGGAUUAUCUCCUGACCGCAUUAAAGAUCUGAUGAGGCAGUUGCUGUGCGGCCUUGCAUUUCUUCACUCUAACCAUGUGAUGCACAGAGACCUGAAACCAGAGAACAUUCUGGUGACCAGUCAGGGUCAGGUGAAGCUGGCUGAUUUUGGCCUCGCCAAGAUCUACAGCUGCCACAUGGCCCUCACUCCUGUGGUGGUGACUCUGUGGUACAGACCUCCUGAAGUUCUGCUGCAGUCCACAUACGCCACCCCUGUGGAUAUCUGGAGCACCGGCUGCAUCUUCAGYGAGAUGUUCAGACGCAAACCAUUGUUUUGUGGAGAGUCAGAAAUGGACCAACUUGGGAAGAUUUUUGAGGUUAUCGGUUUGCCGCCGGAUGAGGAGUGGCCGGCGGGCGUUACAGUGACGAGAAAAAACUUUGCCCCCGUCAAGGCUCGCCCAAUCACCGAUUUUGUUCCAGAGAUAAACGACCAGGGGGCAAAACUCUUGAUGCAAAUGCUGAUGUUUGACCCUCUGAAACGAAUAUCGGCCCUGGAUGCACUUGAACAUUCCUAUUUCCACGACGAGAAGACGUCGACUCAGACAGAUAGUUGAAGUCAGGCGGUAGAAAAGCGCAGCAGGAGGUAACUGUGGCUUUACGUUUAGGAUUAGAUUUUUUAUUUUUUUUAUUGCGCUGCCUUUUGAGUACGGCCUCCGUUUGUUUGAUCCCAGAGGAGAAAUGAGGCUCCAACGCCGAGGACGGAAAGGAGAAACCUUGCGGACCACGAUUAAUUUUGAACUUGUAAAUGUCACAACUAAUGAUGUUACUGUAACACAAGCUAAAAGGACAGUACCAGUGUGUUUUAAUGUUGGUGAACAGAUCAGAAUGUCUGUCAGCUCAUCUGAAAUGCUGCCUCUGUUACUUUGUAGUGUCUCUGACAUGUGUUGGACUUCCCUGAGUGCCAAAUGUUUCUCACCGGAGGUAAAGCAAGAAUCAGAAAUGAAUUUUUUUUUAAAUCAUGUGGAACAAAAAGUAUGAAACAGUUACAACAAAACAAACAUGCAUUACAAAGAUCCUGGUAUUGCCCUUGUGUUAUUUCACCAAAUAAAAGUAUUUUUCUGGAUUUUA